UGAAAAGCCAUGCGUGGUUCCGACGACACUCGUUUGGUCAGCGGCAAUGCGCCCUCUUCCCGGGCUAUAAAAUGAAUGCGUUCCACGCCUUGCAUCACCACACGAGCCACGAGCACCCGCAACAGCUUCACUCAACCAGCAGUGAAGGAAGUGUGAAGAUCACCCAGAGACCGCCUAGCCGUGAUCGAUGGCGUCCGUCCGGCGCUCGUGUGCGGUGGCGCUGCUCGCCUGCGCCGCCGCAUUCCUCAUGACGGUCGGUGCCCAGCCGAUGAACAACAACCCCAUUCUUUCGGACCCCAACGUGGUCCCCGUCUACAUGAGCCCCGGGGCGCAACCCACCGUGGUGAGCUGCUACAACCAGAGCAGCCCGUCGCAGGCCCCAGAGUGCAUGAUCCCGGUGCGCCGGUGCCCCGCCGGCUGCCGCGACCUCUGCUACGUGCACUGCCCCAGCUGCAAGCUCGUCUGCAUGUGUGAACUGGCCGGCACGGAGUGCUACGACCCGCGCUUCGUGGGCGGCGACGGCAACAAGUUCCUGUUCCACGGCCGCAGGGACGCCGACUUCUGCUUGCUCUCCGACGCCAACCUGCACAUCAACGCGCACUUCAUCGGGAAGCGCAACGUGCAGGCGGCGCGGGACUUCACCUGGGUGCAGGCGCUCGGCAUCCGCUUCGGCGGCCACCGCCUCUACGUCGGCGUCAAGAGGACAGUCACCUGGGACAACGCCGUCGACCGCCUCGCCAUCACCUUCGACGGCAUGCCCGUCGAGCUGGACGCGGCUCCGGCCGCCAGCUGGAGCCCGGCCUCCGCGCCCGCGCUGUCCGUGUUCCGCAUCGGUGCGGCCAACGGCGUGGUUGUGCGCCUCGACGGCCGGUUCCGCAUCGUCGCCAACGCGGUGCCGGUGACCGAGGAGGACUCGAAGGUCCACGACUACGGCCUCACCGCCGACGACAGCCUCGCGCACCUCAACGUGGCGUUCAAGUUCAACUCCAUCAGCGCCGACGUGCACGGCGUGCUCGGCCAGACCUACCGCUCGGACUACGUCAGCGCUGGGGUUGACAUGGGCGCCAAAAUCCCGGUGAUGGGGGGUGCCGGAAAGUACCAGGUGUCCGGCAUCUUCGAGACGGACUGCGAGGUGGCGCGCUUCGCCGGAGAGGACGUCGUCCGCGUCGGGGCGGUGGACAUGAUCGACGAGCCGGCCGACACCAUGUGCGGCAGCGGCAAGGGCAGCGCCGGGCUGGUCUGCAAGAAGUGAAGUGGUAUUGCGAGCUGAUUUUGCUUCCCUCGUAAGUGUGCCGAUACAGGUCUACGUGCUCGAUGGCUGCUGCUACACCACGUUAUUGGUAGUAGCUUCGCAUUUGCUUUCCGAAUAACUCACCUGCUGCUGCUGGGUGAUGUCGUGUCUUUGUGUGUUAGUCGAUCGAUCGUUUUGUAGGGCAAUGUUGCAAAUCCAGGCGUUGCUCGGUGUGCCAGGCUAGGAUUGGAUCCGAAGACCCAAGUUCAGAUGCAUGUCGAGCCAACCUUGGCUGCUUUUUAUUUCCUCGAUGUAUUUUCGAAUAUUAUAAGGUUGAACGAACAAGUUUGUGAUUUU